UCGAGGUAGAGUUUAGGAUUGACACCAACGAGAGAUGAAUGUAGCACGCUGUUUCGAUAAACGCUGCAUCUAGCAAGGAUUGGUGAGAGAACAACAUUAAGUUUCGUCUAAAACAACAGCGAGCAGGCGACAGCAGAAUAACUUUUUAUAUCGCAAUUGCAGGAUUCGAUAUCAAGAUAUUCGCAGGUUCGUAAAUUUCAUUUGCCUUGUUAAUGACAACUAAAGCAAGAGUGAAAAAUAAGACGACUUCACUUCAAUGUUAUCAUUUGACAGGUGAACUGUCGAAUAACCUGAGCUAGCAGAGGGAUCUAUGAUGGUGGCAGGUGCUGCAUAUUAAAUGCGAUGGAAUAUUGAAUCUAAGCUGCAGUGAAAGUAUUCCUCGGUAUUUCAUAAGAACUGAGUUUGCAGUUAUUAAGGUUUGAUUGAGUGGCGGGUGCCGUCAGACGGAUGGAGUUCUCGGUUUGCUUUGUGGAGAAUAUUGCUUUUGCUCGCCACUUUUGACAGCUUUUGGUAAUGGGAUUUCAUUUUUUUAUCUGAUGUGUGUUGGAUAUGACCUCUGAGUUCUGACUGCUCUUCUUUCGGGACUUUAGACAUUAGAGGUGACUUUUCAUUCAUCAUUCCAAAGCUGCUCAUGAAACAACGAAGUUGAAGUGCAAAACAUCUUAUUAGAGGUCAGAAAUUUUCUAAAUGUACCUUACCUUAACUUUCAUUUUAUUUUGAGAAGCCAAAUGACAUUCGUCCACGUGAAAGGGCAGUAUCAGUUCCACUGCUUUGAUUUGAUUGUAAAAUUUGCGAAGACCACUUUUGACGAUAGACGUUCCUUUGUCAAUGAUUUGAUGAUGAAAAUUUCAUGGAAUUUGAGCUUUCAUCUUGACAAUCAAACGGUUAUCAAAUUUUAAGGUAGACAAGAAAAGUGUCCGUCACUGAAACUAUUUCAGUGUGAAAAUUCUAGAAUCGAUACAUGAAAAGGAGGGUAAACGUAUUACUCACUGAUUAGAUAACACCUUCCGUGACCUUUUUAACAGUUUGAUGUGAAUGUGGUGAAAAGACAAUCAUUGUUAUUGUUAUCAAGAUGAGUUUUCCACCUCUUGAAAUCAGCAUAUCAACUGAUGAUCUAUCGAAUGGUGAGAUGCAAUGUACAGAGGUGCUCAAUCUAACCAAGGAAGAUGAUGCCGAGUCGUACGGCUAUAGUCGAGGAGAGACGUUCUACGUAACUGCCUUUCUCCCACUGGUUCUGACCUUAGGAGUUCUUGAUAACUCAGCCUUUAUUUAUGUAGUGUUCCGCGUACCUCGAAUGCAGACCUCCAUCAACUGCUACCUUCUAAACCUAGCAGUGGCGGAUAUCGUCUUUCUGCUAUCAGGUAUCGGAGAGAAGAUCUGGCGGUUUCGCGGUUCCCCGAUCCUUGGUGAUGAUAACCCGCUCGGACAAGGGGGAUGCGUGUGGGUUUAUCUUGUCAUGGAUACAGCUUACUUCGCUUCACUUUGUUUCGUAAGUUUGGUGUCGAUUGAUCGAUACUGUGCCGUCUGCAGACCUCGUCAACGGUACGUUCAAUGCAAACCGAAGACUACUAUGUUGACCGUUGGAUCAUGGUUGACAUCUAUGUGCCUUUCCUCAGCACUCAUCCCAUCCAAUACGAAUUUAACUCAAGUAUGUUUGGUGCAUUCAGAUAGUGGCGUCUUUGUGGACUGGCCAACACGGUGGGGCAUAUGCACACCUACAAAGCCAUGGAUGAAAGCGUAUGCGAACGGCAUGCAGACGAUUCCGUUUUUCUCCACGCUCAUUGUCAAUGUCACCAUGUUCGUAUUGAUUGUUCGAGGUCUAAAUCAAUCCAUAGAGCGUUUGCAGUCACACUCUGAAGGGGAGGCUGAGGUCGAUACCCAUAUGCGUGAUCGAAUAGCACGAAUGCUUGUCAUCAACGGUGUCGCGUUCUUCGUGUGUCUCGCACCUUUUGAAAUCAUCUCCUUCGCAGAUAUGAUAUCGAGUGUAAGAGGUGAUGGGUACCCACUGUCCAGCGAUGCCCAGGCCGGACUUCUCUACUUUAGUCGUUCUCUAGCCUAUAUCAAUUGUGUUAUCAAUCCCAUCAUAUACACAGUGAUGAGCCAUCGUUAUAGACUGGCCUUCAAGCAAGCGUUUCACCUAGGUGCUGCAGCAAGUCCGGUGUGCACAUCAACAGCAACCAAGUUCGUUGGAAGCACGACUAAUGAGUACCUUCGGGUCUCCCUUGAUACCAGAGUCUAGAUAUUUAAGAAACAUAUCCCACCACGCCACCUUGGCCACACAGGAGUUUUUAUGUUUCUUGUAUAUCACAAUUUUGUUAGUCAAUACCAAAGAAAAAUAUAAACGCAUGCUUAUAACGAUGAAGCUCGCGGAAUAUUUUGAACGCUUCGCCACCAAGCGCCAUUUUAAAGGAACGUUUUAUUUUGUGAACGCCUUGUUCGGGAUUUCAGACAUUACAUCACGAAAGUACAGGAUCUCCCUAUUAAUUUCGUGUUUGAUUCACUUGAAACUGACGAAAAAUUAUGCGAACAAAUAUUGCAUGGACGUCAUUGUACCAAUUUCUUUAUCGAAUCCAUUACAGCGAACAAACGACCGACCAGAAAUGCAGGACAUUUUCACGGAGUAUUUAACUUGAUUUCCAUACUUUUCAAAAGCAUUUACAACUUGUCGUGUAGGACUGCUACACAAUGAUUAAGCUGCAACAAAAUACUUUAUUUUCUUUAUCAGAAAUACUCAUGCAAAUAAGGGGCGAAAACCCGUUGUUAUUUCCCGAGGUUUUCAAAAAUAGUCAUAUGGCACUCUUUAACAUAGGGCCUACUUUUAAAAAUUGAAUUAUAUUAUAAUAACAAAAUUGAAAAUAUUUGUGCAAAGCUAAGAUUUCAAUUUCUAAAGAGAAUCAUAUCAUUUAAACAACACGCUGUUUAUAGGUUAUUAUUAUGCGUAGGAAAUCGUCAUGCGUGAACAGUGUUAAUGAACAAAAAAUUAAUGUAAUGGAAUUAAAAUGAGUAUGAUCAAUAUGAUUUUGUGAUUUAUUUUGCACUGGAGAGUACACGUAAUUAUUACCAUCCAAUUUGUCACCAUACUUUCAUAAUACCCCCUUAAAAAGGUUGAGCAAAAAAGGCCCAAUUUUUAACCAUCACUGGGGAACAUACUGUCCACACAACUAUUUGUUAAAAUAUGUACAAAUUGGGUAAUAAAUGUUCUAAAUUGGAUAAUAAUUGCCCAGAAUAUACAUAUUUUUUAAACCAAUAUACGUUACCCAACGCAAUGGACAGUAUGUUGCCCAACAUUUUAAGUGUGUAACGGCAAGAAUGUGUUGCAUUUCUUAUAUCCUGCUAUAAUCAUACUGGAAAACAUAAUAUAUAUUCUUUAUUGUUUGUCUAAAUUCAUGUCAUGGAUACAAACAAUCCGCUUUGUUUACAUUAAUUUUGUCGUGGGAAUAUGGAACAGUGCAAACGUUAACGCUACUUGGAUUUUGCCAUUCUUUAUAUUGCUCGAACUUGAUUACAAUGUCAGAUUUUCAUUCAUGACAUAAUUGGACGUGAGUUGUCGUAAAUGUAAAGAACUCGAUUUGACAUUGACGGAAAUGGAUGAAGAUUGCCAAUAUUGGAAGAACAUGUUCAAAAAUAAAAUGAAAUGCCGAAGUCAAUACGUACUAUGGGCAUGAAAGGUUGUGUGCAAUAAUGUAAAUUUCCUGUAUCAAGAUUUUAUCGAAAUGUAUACAUUUGAUUAAAAAAAGUGUUUAAAGUUUAAUACUGAGUCAAAACGAACGCCCACACAAGAAACAGACCCUUCACAUUUCGGUCAUCAUAUACUUCAAUUCAAUACCUUUGCCACUAUUUCUAUGCUCAUGUUGCAUUAUCAUGAUUAUAGUCUCCUUGUUAAAUGUGGUAGUAUUAUAUUCCUUUCUGAAAUCAUAAUUGGUAUCGUUUGGAAGAACGCGAUUGAAUAUUAUGAAGUGGGUUGUUUGAAGUAUAACCGAAUCUAUCAAUUUCAUUAAAUAUCUAAUUUUUUAUUCAUAGGGAGAUAUAAUAGCAACUCCGCAUCAUGUUUUACCUUUUAUGACGUCACAAACAGAUACAUCACGAACAGAAUAUCUAUAUUGUCUUCUAGUUGUUCAAGUGCUUGAUAUGCCAAUCUACGAAAGUUCUUGUCAUCUUACUUAUCUUGAUAUAGAUGGUUCCUUUUGAAAUACUACUCAGAAAUAGAAAAGAAACGUCGUGAACUUAUAUUCAACAGGUAUAUAUUACAAACUCGGUGGUCCGUAUUCUGAAGUCGGGUUUAAAUUUGUGGUUUAAGUAUGGGAAGACAAAAGUAUCAAAUUUUUUAUUAAGUUGCAUGUUUCUUAUGUUUACUGUGCUCUUUCCUGAUUCAUCGAUGGUGAAGACAAUCAUCUAUUUAUACUUCCUACACAAUUAUGAAAGAUUUGAGAGCCAAAUGAGCUGAAAUAUGAUAUCUCUACUGUUAGUGAUUUAUGUAACAAUUGGCUAUCCAUACUUAAACCGCAACUUUAAAUCUGAGUUUAAGUUAAACCCGCUAUCAGAAUACGGGCCACUAAGUCUACUAAUGAAACGAAAAAUAUACUUCAUGAGAGCAUGAAUGAAUUUGAGGUUUCAGACAUAUUCAGUUGGAAAACAUAUCUGCUAAAAACAAUAGUGUGAAUAAGAAUAUGUUAUUCAGGUGUGUUAUUAUAAAAGCAGAUCAGGAUGUACUGCGUUUCUUAAAUUAUCAUUUUUUCAUUAAACAGAAAAAAUUUGACUUAUCAAAAAAUGGAAUAGUAAUUAUUUAUAUCCGGCUUCUAUAUUAUCGUCACCUGUAUAAGUCUUACCAUAGUAAAUCUACCCCCACAAAUAAAAAAAGGUUUAGAUAGUUACUCAUACUAAUACUCUUCAAAAGGACUUUUCUUACCUCUUUACCUUGAACACAAUCAACUGCAAACCUGUUUCUAAUGAAAUGGUAAGGCAUGGAUAGUUUUGUAUACGAACUUCCAUGUUGUGCGUAAUGUUAAAUUCGUUUCAGUUCUCACCAGAUGUGAAAGCAGACAAUAAUAAUGAUCAUUAUGAUGAAUGGUAUCAAAUUAAUUGAAAUUAUGUUUUAAUGAUCAUUCACAGUUACAUGUUGUGUCUGUAAGAGUUUGGAAUGAAAACCAUUGUAUGCAUAUAAGUAUUAAAUAAAAACGGUUUGUGCGAUGAGUAAUCAUUUUUUA